AACGUGACAGAUUAUAUUGAUAAUCACAUACGAGACAAUCCUGAGCAAUCACCAGUUCUUUCAAAGUCACUGAAGGGAUAUCUUUACAUGUCAUCUCUUAACUCGUCAAUGGAAAAAAACCCUAAAGAAGCCCUUGACUGGUUUCAGAAGGCACUUGAAGAAAAUGCGAAAGAAAUGGAAGAUAUAAAAGAUGGACCAGUAGGCGACAGGAUGAUAAUUCUGGCUAAUAAAGCACGUACUUUAUUACUUCUUGGUGAGAACACCGAGGUCGAAGAGAUUAUCGACGAACUCAUCCAGUUGAAAAAGGAUCACGAUUCAGCCAAGGUAAAGGCAUAUCAACAAGCACACCAAGCCUUUGCAAUGCAUUGGUUUGGCCCAAUGAAAAAUAAAGACGCGAAAUCUCUUUUCGUCGAUGCUCUCAAAGAAUUCCCAGAGAAAGAAUCUUGGUUAUUUGGGUAUGCUAGAUUAAUAGACAAAGGACGUAAUUUUUCACGGUCACGAAAUAUGAAACAGGAAGCUUCCCACGAAGAAAAACUUUACCGUCAAAUAAUAACAAUUAAUCCUAAAAACACACUUGCUAGGGUGUACUUAGCAAGAAAGCUAGCUGAAAAGGGAUCUGACUGGGAGGCCAAACAUCAUUUUGAGAAAGCAAUGCAGUAUGGGGAAGAUAAAUUAAUAGUAGUUCAAAGAAUUGCCGAAAAUUAUAAAUGGAAAAAUAAAUUGGAUGAAGCGUUGGAGUGGUUUGAAAAGGCUUUGAAACUUGAACCAGACUCUGCUUUUGUCCAUUUACAAAUGGGAUCUAUUUAUAAAACGAAAUAUGAAAAUGCGAAAAAAGUAGGUGAAUUAAGUCCUGAAUCGCCAAAUGAAAAUCUGAAAAAUGCCAUAAAAUAUUUUGAACUUGCUAUGAAGGAAUCUAGUGGGAACAACCCUCGUGCAUUGUCAGAGGCUGCAAGUGCUUAUGUAGAGAUGGGAGACAAGAUUAAAGCCAAAGAAAUUUACCAAAAAGCAUUAAACACAGCGGAUGAUGAAGACAGAUCUGCUGCACACUUUCAAUAUGCAGAAUUUCUAGAUAAUCAUUAUAAAGAGGAUAGCAAAAAAGUAAUUGAGCACUAUAAAAAAGCACUGUCAGCAAACUCAUGUUGCUAUAAAGGAAAAGAAGCAG